UUGGUGGCUGUGUACGAGAGCUCGUGUCGUCGUGCUAGAACGGAUUAACGCGCUGCGCGCUGUGAAUUGGUUCAACCAACUAAUACCAACAAACGAACCGACACACACAUACACACAUACGAGCGUCAAAGAGGCAGCCACAGUAGACGAGACGGGACGUGAAAGUGAAUAGCUUGACUUGAAAGGGGACGGCGGCGGCGGCGUACGAAAGCGAAUGUGAAAAGUGAAAUUAAUUUUUGUCUGCGACUUUGUUGAAGUUGAAAUUCGUAAUCGGAACGCGGCGGUAGGCGAUGAUGGCGCUAAUGGUGUCGGAUUGACGGUCGUUACAGCGUACACGAAACAAAAAAAAAACAAAAAACCAACAACAACAACAACAACGCGUAAAAGUCAUAACGAACGUUAUAAAAUGAAAUGUACGAGCUUGCUAAUGAGGGUCGGCAACGAAGCAGCUUCGCACGAAAUAAUUUACUAGAAUAUCACCAGCAGCAACAGCACCAAACACAUUGUGACGACGAGCGCAAAAUGCAACAACAACAAGUACACUUCAACGCGCUCCUCCCAUGACAUAUGUACAAUAAGCUAACGAGUUCUAUAGAUAUAUACAUACACAUACAACAACUGCAACAAUAUCGUUCAUAACGGCCAGGCACGAGAUAUUAUCACGUAUGACCGCCAACUCAGCCAUAUCACAGCGCAGCACAACAACAAAAACACGAUAAUGUUGUGCAAAACAAAAGGAAGUAGCAGUCGAGGCAAACGAAAAGCGCUUGAGAGAAGUAGCAGCAGCAGCGACAGCGGGAGUGGUAGUGCCGCGAUAAGCCAUCGGUGGACGGACAAUUGCACGUUGCUACUUUUGGUCAUACUCACAUUGACGCAUAUUCCCAGCGCGAGAUGUAAGCGAAAAGAAAUGGCCGCCGGUCGUUUGGAGAAUGUCACACAAACUAUUUCGAAAAUCCUCCAAGGUUACGACAUACGACUGCGUCCGAAUUUCGGCGGUGAGCCAUUGCACGUGGGUAUGGAUCUCACAAUAGCCAGCUUUGAUGCCAUAUCAGAAGUAAACAUGGACUACACCAUCACCAUGUAUUUAAACCAGUACUGGCGAGAUGAGCGGCUAGCCUUCAACGCAUACGGACCAUACUAUGACGACGAUGCAGACGACGAUGGCGUCAAUGAUGUGCUGACGCUCUCUGGCGACUUCGCAGAGAAAAUUUGGGUACCCGACACAUUUUUUGCGAACGACAAAAAUAGUUUCUUACAUGACGUCACCGAGCGCAACAAACUGGUGCGCUUGGGUGGCGAUGGCGCUGUCACCUAUGGCAUGCGCUUCACAACAACACUCGCCUGCAUGAUGGAUUUGCACUAUUAUCCGUUGGAUUCGCAAAAUUGUACAGUGGAAAUUGAGAGUUAUGGCUACACUGUCAGCGAUGUGGUGAUGUACUGGAAGCCCACACCGGUGCGCGGUGUCAUGGAUGCCGAGUUGCCACAGUUCACCAUAAUCGGUUACGGUACGAAUGAUCGUAAAGAGCGUUUAGCCACUGGUAUAUAUCAGCGGUUGUCGCUCUCUUUCAAAUUGCAACGGAAUAUUGGUUAUUUUGUAUUUCAAACAUAUCUGCCAAGCAUAUUGAUUGUGAUGCUCUCGUGGGUGUCCUUCUGGAUCAACCAUGAGGCGACGAGUGCGCGCGUCGCAUUAGGGAUAACCACCGUGCUCACUAUGACUACAAUAAGCACCGGUGUGCGCAGUUCCUUGCCAAGGAUAUCUUAUGUCAAAGCCAUUGACAUUUAUUUGGUGAUGUGCUUCGUGUUCGUUUUCGCUGCGCUGCUUGAGUACGCAGCUGUCAAUUACACGUAUUGGGGCAAGCGCGCCAAGAAAAAAGUGAAAAAGUCCAAAGAUGGUGAAGGCAGAAAAACAGGCAAGGGCGAUAAAUCCGAAACGUGUUCAACAGCCGAUGACAUCAUCGAAUUGCAGGAUGUGCGCAUGAGUCCUAUACCCUCAUUGCGUAAAGGCAACUACAAUAGCACGCUCGGCUCCAUAGGCACCGAAACUGUGGACCUGGCAAAGUUUCCACCGAGCUUUAGAAUUACGCGCAAUUAUGGCACAAAUCGUACACAUUUGCGUUAUAGAGGCCAAAAAGGCAAACCACGCAUGCUGCAUGCGCUGAAACGAGGCGCUUCGGCCCUCAAAGCAACUAUACCGAAAAUCAAAGAUGUUAACAUUAUCGACAAAUAUUCACGCAUGGUGUUCCCAGUCAGCUUUUUAGCCUUCAAUCUGGGCUAUUGGCUGUUCUACAUUCUGGAAUGA